AUGGCUCCCAUCCCAGUCAAGAUGAACGUCGUUCAGAUCGCCAAAAACGGCGGUCUUGAUGUUCUGGAGAAUGCGCAGAUCCCCAUUCCCACCCCCACGGGCGACCAGGUCCUGGUCAAAAACGCCUACUGCGGCGUCAACUUCAUCGACACAUACUUCCGCGGCGGUCUCUACCCUGCCCCUCACUUUCCGCUCGUCCUCGGGCGCGAGGCUUCGGGCGAGGUCGUCCAGGCCGGGAACGGCUUCCGAGAGGGUGACAGGGUCGUCUACAUGUCCGGCACCGAAGCCGGCACCUACGCGGAGUACACGGCCGUCUCGGCCAACAAGCUCAUCAAGAUAUCCGACGCGGUGACCCUGGAGACCGCCGCGGCUGUCUACCUUCAGGGUCUCACGGCGUGGACUUUUAUCCGCGAGGCGGCGGCCGUCAAAGCUGGUCAGUGGACGUUUGUCCACGCAGCGGCUGGUGGUGUCGGUCUGCUGCUCGUCCAGAUGCUCCGCUCCGUGGGGGCCAAGAUCAUCGCCACGGCGAGCACGGACGAGAAGCUCGAGUUGGCGAGGAAGAAUGGAGCCGAGUGGACCAUCAAGUCGUCCGACGAUAUUGUCGCCAAGGUCAAAGAGAUUACGGGCGGACACGGCGUGGACGUUAUCUUUGACGGCAUUGGCAAGACGACUUUUGACGCAGAUCUGGAAAUGAUUGCCCUCAAGGGGCAGCUGAUCUCCUUCGGCAACGCGUCUGGCGCCGUGGAACCAUUGAGCAUCCUCAAGCUCGCCCCCAAGAACGUGCGCCUCAUGCGCCCCGUUGUCAAUGGGUACGUCACGGAAAGGGAGGACCUGGAGAGGUACAGCAAUGAGCUCUUUGACCUCGUGGCGGGCGGAAAGGUAGAGGCGAGGAUCCACGAAAUAUACCCAUUGGCAGAGGCCAAGCGGGCGCAGGCUGACAUUGAGAGUCGCAAGACUACUGGCAAGCUACUGCUCAAGUGCACAUGA